UUGCCGUAAGAGAUCACAAAACGUCAGCUACACAAGUGGCCACUAUUGCUAUUUCUAUGGAGCAAGAAGCUUGGAUGGAUAUAUACUUUAAAAGUAUACGUCCGGUGUGGCUAAAGAAGGAUGUGGAGGACGAUGACAGGUUCUUCUUGUCAGUCAAAGGAGGACCUAUUAAUAGCGGCACUAGCGAUGUGCAGCAGCUGCACGAUAUCUAUGUAUCAUUGCACCAAACCAACCCUGGAAACAUUGCAACGGAAAAUUGAGAGGCAGGGAUGGGAGUCCAAUUGUCCACAGGCAGGGGAGAUCCUCAGCCUUUGGAAACCUGCCUCCAAUAAUGAAGUCGAAGAAGACCGCAAAAUUUCCAGGGCGGUGCAACAUCUGAGGUGGAGGGGGCUCCAUAUAAAAGACUUUGGCAGUGAGAAAGGAUUUGGAGUGGUUGCAACCCGAAGAUUUUCCAAAGGAGACAUCUUUUGUGACUACCUGCCCGUGGUAAUCACAAACUAAGGACUAAGGCUAGUGCAUAGCCAAACAGACAAGAUGGGCUAUGCACUAACUGACACCAUCCUUUUGUGGGCCAUAAAGGACAUUAACAUUGACGAAGAAGUGAAAUUUGACUACAGGGUCAACUGGAAGUUUUUUCGGGGUGAAGGCUACAACCUUACCUGGCUUGACGAUUAGCCUCCGGUAAGAGUCUGUUUUGUUAAAUUCUGUGUAUUACACAUUCCUAUGUAUUAGCUAGUUUAACAC